GUGCUAAGGUUGUCAUUGCCGUUCCUGCAGGUUUAACCAGAUUCAAGUGCAGUACCUUGAUGUCGUCCGGUACAUUGAUACGCGUGAUAGGGUCGUUACUGCCGCUGCUCGACGCGUUACUUGCUCAAAUCACCGCCUUCUCGGCAGUAUUUAAACUCGUCCCCUCCCCUCCAAGAGACUUCUCCUGCAGACAACAUCUUCAACAUCAACAUAAUUUGCCUUACCUUACAACAAAUAUUUUCGCCGACACCGUUACCUAAAAGCCAGGCAUAUUACUUAACAACUAUCAUCAUACAACACGGAUGAAUAUUCCUUACAUCAAAAUAUCCUAUCAAUAUCAUUCAUCUAACAUUCUUCUAUUACCCUUAACUACCUCUACUGCUGCUACACGGCGAUCCUUCUCACGGUAUUCAACUAUCAACCGUCUACAAAAGAUAUAUUAGGGCUUGUUACUACCUACAGCCAUGGCGCCUAAUCUUGACGCUCAAGGCAAUGAGAUUGACCAUCCAAAUGCGCAAGGCCGUAUCCUCGCUAAUGGGAAAUUCUCGUGUGGGGUCAACAACUGCGGCGCCGAGAUGAUGAACGCCCGCCACAACAUCAGUUCCCAUAUAUCUAAGAAACACCGUGUCAAUUCGGCGUUCCUACAAGCAGACGCCAUCAAUAGGCGUUGCUGCGGCAUUUGUGGCUAUAAUGCCAUAAAGUUUCAUCUCCUGGUCCAUCAUGUCCGCACCAAGCAUGGCUUUCGUGGUAGAUCCAAGGUCCUCCAGGACCAGUAUGCCACUACCCAAGUCGAUGACGAUAUCCAAAUUCCGGCUGACCAGUGCACCGCAUAAAUUACCGGUAAGCAAUUAUCUAUCCCAUUCUACUAACUUUGUGAAUAUGAUAACCUAAUAUCCACCUUAAACAGGCCAAGUACAAAUCCCUAAUACCUACGACACUCGAAUAUUCCCUUACAAUAGAUACAUUGCUGGUUAUCUGGAACGAUAUGGAUUGGUUCUAUUCUCGAAAGUUAGUUUGUUUGAGCUUGAAGAAAGUUAAGAUUAGCAUUUGAUUUGGGUUUGGCCCUUACCAGCCCAUGGAUUCCCUCAUGUACCCUAUCUGCCUAAUCUACCUAGAUACCUAACCUCCCUAAGGUGGAAAAUACCAACCUUACAAGAGAGAACCAAUGAAGACUCUCCAAAGUCCCCUUAUUUCUGAUGGCAUGUCCCAAAUGGCCCGUGAAUGAUAUCUUAUCGUAAGCAGUCAGGUGUAUGAGUACUCUGUAAGUGUGAUAUAUAUACCUGAGGUAUGUCUGUACCUAAGUAAGUAACUGAACAAGUAAAUGUGAAGUAAUGUGCAUCAUGUGACUUAAGGUUUAAAGUUCUUUUGUUAUACUUCCGGCACCGGGCCGGCCCGAAGUGGGUCCUGAAUGUCUAAUCACGGCCCGGGGAUUCUAAUACCCGGUCCGGCCUGGCGGCUGAUUACUCAUCAGAACUACCUAAUUGGGAAAUCAUCCAAAAUUCGACUCCGUAUUCUCCGAGAGGACAGGGGUUAUUGGCUUAGUUUGUUUGCUAGGUAUUAGUGAUCGAC